CAACGAGUAAAGGGAAUGUGAGUUUUGUAUUUUGUUGUAUACAUAAUCUCGAAAAAUCCAUAAAAUUGGUUUAAAAAUUAACUAAAAACGUACAAAUCCCUCCAAGAUGGGUAAGAUAAUGAAGCCGGGUAAAGUAGUGCUGGUCUUAAGUGGCCGGUACGCGGGUCGCAAGGCUAUCGUAGUCAAGAAUUACGACGAAGGUACCUCCGACAAGCCGUACGGGCAUGCUUUCGUCGCUGGUAUCGACAGGUACCCCCGGAAAGUGCACAAGAGGAUGGGAAAGAAUAAAAUCCACAAGAGGUCCAAGAUAAAGCCUUUCGUGAAGGUUGUAAACUAUAAUCACUUGAUGCCAACACGUUAUACAGUUGACUUCAGCUUUGAAAAAUUCAGCGCAAAAGACCUGAAAGACCCUGCAAAACGUAAGAAGCUGCGUUUCAACACGCGAGUACGUUUUGAAGAGAGGUACAAAAGUGGGAAGAACAAGUGGUUCUUCCAGAAGCUUAGGUUCUAAGUGUAAUUUUAAAAGAAAAUAAACGUUACGUGAGUAAUGAA